AUGGUUCAGCGGCAAGGAGAGUCCAGAACAUUUCGCAAAGAAUGCGUCUGCAUUUCUGGUUACUCUGACUUCAACUUAUCUCUGCUUUACAACCUCACCUCCGACUACUUCCAGAAUUACAGCUACGAUCCGUGCGACAAGGACACCAUCUGCACCGUCCAGCCCUGCGAUGGCAUCAGCAGCUGGGCGUUCCAGCGCGUCUUUAUACCCGUCUUCUACUGGGCCGUCUUCCUGGUCGGGCUGAUGGGGAACGGCCUGGUGAUGCUGGCCCUCACCAGGCAUCUGCGAGCCCUGGCGGUCACCGACACCUACAUCCUGCACUUGGCCAUGGCUGACCUCCUGCUGGUGUUGGGCAUGCCCUUCUGGGCGUUCGAAGCAACCCUGGGCUGGGCCUUCGGAGUCGUCACCUGCAAGGUAGUGGGGGCCUUGUACAACAUCAGCUUCUACAGCAGCAUCUACCUCCUGGGCUGCAUCAGCUUCGACCGGUACCUCUCCAUAGUGCACGCCGUCCACAUGUACAGGAGGCGCAAGCCAGGGAGGGCUUGCCUCAGCUGCUUUGUGGUGUGGCUGGUCUGUGUCGUUUUGGCCAUCCCUGACUUUGUGUACCUCAGGCCCAUACAGAACAAUGGCUCUGCCAGGUGUGCCCAUGACUAUGGGGCAAAGGCGUCCAAGGCUUGGAUCGUGGCUAUGCGCUUUUUCUACCACGUCACCGGCUUCCUGAUGCCCCUGACAAUCAUGGCCUACUGCUACCUCAACAUCAUCCUGACCCUCCGGCAGUCCCACAACUACCAGCGCCGCAAGGAGUGCCGGGCCAUCAAGCUCAUCACCGUGGUGGUGCUGGUCUUCUUCGUCUGCUGGACCCCGUACAACGUGGUGAUGUUCCUGGAGACCCUGCACCGGCUGGGGGCCAUCCAGCGAGACUGCGGCCUGGAAGAGCGCAUCGACACCAGCUACUCCCUCACCAGCUGCCUGGGGAACCUGCACUGCUGCCUCAACCCCUUCCUGUACGCCUUCGUCGGGGUCAAGUUCAGGAGUCAGCUGCUGGAGGCCCUGCGGGUGGCCAGCUGCCUCGGCGGCGAUUUCGUCAAGCAGGGCCGGCGCCACUCCAUCGUGGCUGUCUCGGACUCGGGGGACACUUCCUACUCUGGGUUCUGA